AUGUCGGAAGUAUCCUCCUUGUGGUGGACGGAUGAAAGGAUAGAUGCCACUCUGUGCCGUCAAUAUGUGCUUUCCCAUCUGCAACCUGAAUAUCAGACCCGUCUAUUUGAGCUGCUGCCAUGGGGUGAGGGGCUCACGAGCGAGUCGUAUCUGGAAUGGAUUCUGACCAGAGCCGGCAAACUCUUUCUUAUUCUAAACGACAUCGGCGUCCCCCAGCGGAUCUUUAACCUGGCCGAUGAUUGUGUCGACGAUUCUGACCUCCCAUUCGCCGAGGCACGAGUUAGUGAUCUGCAUCUCGCGCCAGAAGGCUCGAGUGCCGCAGCAGGGCUUCAGAAUAAAUUCUUCCUCGCACAAUGGCGCUAUAUUGUGCGCGGUAUUGCUGAGGGAGACCACGUAAAGUACACGGGUAAUGAAGGCGUCCCCGUGGAAGUCGUCAAAAAUGGGCUGGUGAAUUCAAAUCCCAGAGACGGGGUCGAGAAAGUUGUGCUGUCAGGCGCGGUAUGCCGGGUGUAUAUACGCACGCAGAUCCAGAUCAACGCCGCCCCCCACUUUUAUGAAGAGGAUGAGGUGCUCGAAGAAGUGCGGUCGUUGAGACUGUUGGCACACGAACAUCUGUUUUCUAUAUACGGCUCAUACUUUGUCGAUGAUAGUAUCAACGUACUCUUCAAGGGCGAGUAUGACCGGACAUUGGCCUCAUUCUUGUCCGACACUCCACAGUCUUUCAAACGGCUCGCGAAGCCCGAGCGUCGCGAUAUCUUGGUGAAUUGGCCUCAUUGUCUUGUGAGUGCCCUGGCAUGGCUCCAUGCGCAUGGUCAGGGCCACGGUGGCAUUCGGCCCUCCAAUGUUCUUGUUGACCAUGAAUAUCGGAUCUUUCUCGGCCAUUUCGAAGCUAUGGACACAUUACUUGACCCGCCUAAGAUCAAUGACAUUGAAGCGUACCAAUACGCAGCCCCUGAACGAUGGAUCCGUACAACGGCCAUCCAGGAGGUUAACACAUCAAAAAUCAGCCAUCAUUCAGGUGGCCGAACCAUUCGGAAAGCAGCUUCGGCUUCGAAACUCUCGCAGAAUCAGGAACAGCAACAGCAACAGCAGCGAAAAGUGCGGGAAAGCUGGAUGACGGAAAACACCAUGCAAUCGACUUCGAGCGGGUCUAAAGGAACGGUGAUUAGAGUGGGAUCAGGGGAAUCAUCCAACGGGUCAUCGUCGUCAGGAGGCUCUGGUCGUAACGGAAUUCGAGGAGGCGCGUAUUUCCGAAAAAAGCCUAUCCUCUAUACCCCCUCUAUAACAUCCUCCAACUCAUCUGAUGCGACCACUCGACCUCUCUCCUCCCCUCAAAAUGCCACCACCAUUCCAUUCGUCCCCUAUAACUCCACGAUUGUCCGGACAUGGCAAUCGCAACAAUCCAAUACCCAACUCUCCGAUAUCUUCUCUCUCGGCGCCAUCAUCAUCGACAUCUUCACAGUCCUCUGCGAACGAAAGCUAUCCGCCUUUGCUAGCCAUCGGGCAGCCAAAAACCGCACGCCCGGGCGAGGAGGCGGGGUGGCAGACGCUUCUUUCCAUCUUGCACCUAAUCUCGGCCAAGUAUCCUCAUGGAUCAGCCUGUUGACACGCGACUCCAAAAAACGCAAGGGUCUGGCCUUUCGCGCCGUCGAGCCCAUGCUCGAGGUUGUGCGUGAAAUGAUGACUCGCGCUCCGGAAAACCGCAUAUUGGCGAGAAACGUGCAACGCGAGUUUGCCAGCACAAUCCUGCAGUUGGAAGGCAUCAUCACAAUCCACUGCCUGGCAAACCCG